GUUUCUGUUGUUAGUGGAAUGGUUAUAGUGUCUCUCGUAUUGUGGGUGUGGAUAACGAGAUCUAGAAAAGCUAAGCACAAGCAGAGCAGAGAUGAAAGUGACGAUGCUACAAAUCAUUUCUCUCUGAAGCUCGGCGGCGGGGGAUUCGGUUCAGUUUAUGAGGGUGUUCUUUCUGAUGGCACAAAGAUAGCAGUGAAGCGGCUUGACAGAGCAGGACAAGGAGCAAAAGAAUUUAAGGCAGAAGUGGAAACGUUGGGGAACAUUCAUCAUCUGAAUUUGGUAAGGUUGAAACGCUUAUGCGCAGAGAAGUCUCAUCGAAUGCUCGUCUAUGAAUUUCUACCAAAUGGAUCUCUGGACAAAUGGAUAUUUGCCAACGAUACCGAUAAAAAAUUUCUCGACUUGAAGACCAGAUCCAAAAUAGCUCUUCAUAUAGCACGGGGAUUGAGCUACUUACAUGAGCAGUGCCAACAACGAAUUAUACAUCUGGAUAUCAAACCCCAAAACAUUCUUCUGGAUGAAAAUUUUAACGCCAAGGUCUCGGAUUUUGGGCUAGCAAAGCUGAUCGAAGGAGAGCAAAGUGAAGUGAUAACCAUGAUCAGAGGAACGCCAGGAUAUAUGGCACCUGAGUUAUUAAACAAACAUGUUUCUGUGAAGGCAGAUGUCUUCAGCUUUGGCAUUAUGUUGGUAGAAAUUGUGUGUGGAAAGAGAAGACGAGAGAUUUCAGAUGACCCUUUGUUUUCAGUUUUACAGAAUAUGGGUGAAGGAGGCAGAUUGUCAGAUUUGAUAGAUCCAGUACUUGAAGAUGAAGAGAUGGACGCAAAGGGGGAGGCAGUGAAAAUGUUGAGACUGGGGAUGCUUUGUAUACAGGAUGAUUCGACGAGCAGACCGACGAUGUCAAUUGUAGUCAAGGCAUUGGAGGGUAUGAUCGAGUUGCACAGUGUCCCCUCUACUUCGUCGCCUUCUUCAGACCAUCCAUUUCCAUCCACGACCAAACCUGAUCGUUUGAAGCUUUCGUACACCUCUUUGUCUUCUGUAUUGUCUGGAAGAUGGUCCUUCGUUUUUAUUUCCAAAUCCAUUUCUCAAAGAAAACAUUAGGAAAAGCAGAGGAACAAUCAAACCAAAGAUUGGAGAAACUUGUUUAGUAACGACAACUUAGUGACUCAUCUCUUUGGAAUAUAGUAUGUGCGUUCGCAUCUCUGAUCGGAUGAUGACCAUGUACAGCCAAGACAUCUGUUGAUUUCGGUAACAAUGAAGGCGCACAAAAGAGGUCAACACUGUAUUCAUGACUUCGUCACCAAGUAAGCCGUAUAGGUGGAUGAUGGUCUUCUUGGCCGGCUCCGACAAACUUAAAUAGGUAGUCCACAACGACAUGAGUAUGGUAACAUGCGGAUAAUCUAUGAGACCUAUGAUAUACUCAAGCACAUCCAGAGACUUUCCAAUCGUUUGUGUUCAUUUGUUUUUUCAUGAGUUCGAUUAAUAUUAUAGCACUACUUGUAUGAAAUAACAUCAUCAAAAUACAAGAUUAUUAAUUCCUCCUUACAAGCGGUAGGUUAUUAUUAAUUGCUGUGAAUAAUGCGUGAAUAAUGUCUAAUGUUGUAAUUGAUCUAGAUAUCAUUAAUUUUUUAAGCUUUUGAGAUUCCUAUGGUUUCGUUUAAAUCACAAUCUAAAUUUAAGAAUCUAGUUUUUGUGUGCAGAUUGUCUAGGGCUGGAUAUAGAAGUGGUUGGAGAGAUAGAGGAUUGCAAAGGAUGCACUAACGAGCACAUAUGCACCAUGGUUCCCAAUGGACUUAGACCCGAACAGGUAGAUUGGCUUUGGUUGCGUCAUUUUAGGAAAAUUAUAUAGAAUACAUUGUAGAGAACUUUUGGCCAAGAGGGGUACCCUUUUAAAAAAAUAGUCAAGAGUAGUUCUUCAUAUGUUGGGAUUUAGUUUCAUAGUCAAAUAGAAAUUCACAAAACAUGGAUUAUUGAAUGGUAGAGUGUUGCAAUGGGGGCUCUCUAAUUGCUAGACAAAUUCUUGCAGGUGCCAAUGAAAGUAAAUUCAUUUCUUUUUCAUUGGCUAACUAGUCACAA